AUCGGGCGCCAUUGCCAGAUCUCUUGAAAAUCAAUACAGAAAUGAAGAAAGAAAUCGUAGUAAUGAAGAUUAUCCUUAUCGCUCUACUAGACGUAACAGGUGGGUACAUGGAUUUGAUUAGAUGUUAAUUUUUGUUUUGCGCACAACGUUUUCUGUGUUUAAGUAAUCAUCAAAAUAUAAUUCCCAAAACAAUUGAAUGAAAUAUGUGCUAAAGUGUUCUAUUUCACAUAAUCAUUGAAAACAAUAUUAACUGCAUCAUAAAUUUAAAGAAAGAAAAUGAUAACAAAAAAAAAAUUACUUUUAUCAUUGUAAAAUUUUUAUGUACAGCGCGGUGAGCUCAGCCCUAGGCUGGGGUACCGCGCUAUAUAAGACUUCUUCUUCUUCUUCUUAUUAUUAUUUUUCAAAUAUAUAUACCAAUAUUUAUAUAUAUAUAUAUAUAUAUAUAUAUAUAUGUGUGUGUGUGUGUGUAUGAUUUUGAUUUCUUGUAUCGGAUUUAUUGAUAUUUUAUAAAGCCAAUUUAAUUUAAAUAGCACGUGUUUUGAUCUGUGUCAAUAAAACGUGUUUUAAUAUUUAUCAUUGUAAAAUUUUUAUGUACAGCGCGGUGAGCGCAGCCCUAGGCUGGGGUACCGCUCUAUAUAAUACUUCUUUUUCUUUUUUUUAUUAUUAUUUUUUAAAUAUAUAUAUCAAUAUUUAUAUAUAUAUAUAUAUAUAUAUAUAUAUAUGUGUGUGUGUGUGUGUAUGAUUUUGAUUUCUUGUAUCGGAUUAAUUGAUAUUUUAUAAAGCCAAUUUAAUUUAAAUAGCACGUGUUUUGAUCUGUGUCAAUAAAACGUGUUUUAAUCAUCCGUUGUAGUCGUCAGAGUAGCAGCUGAGGUCAAACUGACGUCACUGCUAAAGAUUACGGACUUGAAUCUUGCACUUCAUCCAAUAAAUAUAACAACAUACAGUGUAACACUCGGAAGCUGUGCUCUCAACUGUCGCAACUCUCAGAAGAAAUGUUGCAGUUUUUAUUACAACAAAGCAACGAGGUUGUGUACAAUGGGUAAGUCUAUAAUAAUUUCAUGAUUAAAAAACAAAGUUUGACAUCGUAUGAUAUUGAUUAUUUAAAUAAUUUAAAUCGUGUGGCAAUUUAUUUAUUAUAUAUCUUAACGCUAUGUCACCAUUAACACAAUCUUUUUUGAAAUUAUAGCUUUUUUUUAUUUCAGAUAUAUCAUGACCCAUUUUUAUCAAUUAAUAAAGACUUAUGUUAGAACUUUGGAUUUAAUUAUUUAAUGCCUUAAGCAAAAAUAUUAAUUGUUAUUUUUAAUAUAAACGUGAGUCUAAAGGGGAAGUCUGGCUCUUCGCCAACAAGAUUAAGAUGUACUAGAAACUAAGAGUACGAACAGUUAAUCCAUGAAAGAAUGAACACAAAGUGUAUAUCUAUAAAUGACAUUCUUACGUCUUCGCGUGGUCUUGGAGUGGCUAUUGACACUUUCUAAAAUUGCUUACGAAACCGACCAUCGAUUGGCCACCUUGUUUUGCUCCUUCAUAGACUGCUGUUAGCCAGCGGGAACGUUGCUAAGCAAUGAUCUCCCAUGUUUGCUUACCUCAUGUACCUUCUAAAAAGUGUGAUUGAAUAGCAACCGGUGCCAUUGAAUAAAUCUGGCCCCUUUGCAAAAUCUCAAUACAGCAGCUUCUUUGGAAUACGGCCUGCCUCCACUCUCUGUACAUGGCUAAACCAGAGUAGACAUUGCUUGCUGAGACCAAAGAAUAAUCUGCAUAUUAUACCUCACUUUAAAAAUAGGCAAACAUAAGACACAAAUAUUUACAAUUAAUUUCUAAACUAGACAUGUAAUAAUGAGAAUUAUUUAAGUAAAACGAUUUUUAAGAAAAGCAUUGCAAAUUAUCAACCAUAACUAAUUGAAUAGUUUUUUUUUAAAAUAUGUUUAUUUUAAAAUAUUUUAAAUCAAUUAAUCGUGUCUAAUUAAGGUUACUGGAUCAUACCGUCCCAAACCACACGGAAUGAAAUGACUGAACUUUACUCUCUGGGACUGUUCUGUGACCCAACCAACGCAAGUAGUGUAUGUACCAGAAAUAAAAUGUCUUGUAAGUCAUUUUUUUUGUAUAACACAAUAAAUUAAUAGCGUUUGUGCAAUUAAUAUCCCUUCUUGUAAGGAAACGUUUCAAUCAUUUUUUUUUAAAAUUCUCAAUAUUUCUUCAAUAAAAUGGGGGAAUUAUUUUAAUUUCGAUAUUGUUAGUUAACGUAUUAGGAUUAUUUAUGUCAGUGUCCGGAACUUACAGUUAUUUGUAAAAAACAUUUUGAAUUUGCUUUUAUACAUAGAAUGUUUUUUUAAGUUUUUAUUGUAUAACUAUUCAAAAUAAAUUUCAUGCAACAGGCGAUUCCAACGAUGGAUUUACGUUGUCCAUACAGACUCAAGCUGACCCGAUGAUUUUAAAGACAUUCUGUAACACCACGGCCAACUUCAAGGUGGUGACAAAAGGAGGUACUACCGUGUGUGUUUGGAUAGCAAAUAUACAUACUAGCUACACAACAGCCAGAGCUGCUUGUAUAGGUAAGCUUACUAUUAUUAUUUAUUUAUUUAUUUAUUUAGACAUUUUUAUAUAGCGCUUACCAUAAAGCUCUAAGCGCUUUACAAUUAUUAAAAACAUGUAAACUAAGUAAAAUAAAAAUGAGACACUAGGAUAGUAACUACUAUACUACAGAAACAAUGAAAAUGGCUAUAAAACGAGGACACUUUGACACGUUUUGGCCUAUACUUAUUAAUGUUCGUUUGAAGUAACACACACACUUCUAAAUAUAUCAUUGUUUGUCUUCAUUGAAUUAAAUAAACUUAUUUAAAUAUGUUUGCAGAAAAACUAUUCUUUUUGGUUCAAAAAUAUAUAUUUGUAGGACAAGACAUUUUAAUAUCUUAGUUUUUUGACAUAUAAAUUGGUGCAUACAUUUUGACGGGACAUUCAUUAAGCCGGCUUAGACAAGAUGAUCAUGAAACGUUUCCAAACAGUGUGUCACGACAUACUGGUUGGUAUGUUGCAAUCGUUGGCACUAUGUAUGCCCUCAAAUUUAAAUUUAGUAGUUCGGCAGUUCCGCAAUAGUAUGAAGGCUAAGCUAUAGGAACAGUGCAUGGUGUCUCUAUCAUUUCCCACCACAUGGCGAAAGCUGUAAACAGCUUCACUAACCUUGACAGCACCCUGUACCUGAGCGUAAACAUCGAUGAUGAGGGGAACACUCGAAUUGCAAGAUCCAGCGCAAUGCUCGGAAUAAUGUUUACGAAUUUACGGACAAGGUGUGGCAUAAGCACCAAAUAACAAAAUAAACUUUUACAAGACAGCUGCGUUACAAACGCUAAUAUAUAGAAAAGUGAAACGUGGACAGCCUUUCAACGCCACGAUAGCAAACAAAACCAUUUUCAAACCACGAGCCCCUGACAAAUCAUUAACCUCAGAUGUCAGGACAAGGUUCCAGCUUUAGGUGUACUCGCAGAGAUAUUUUUCUCUAGCACUGACAGAUUAUUAAACCAGCCGCAGGUUCACUGCGCUGGACUUUUUGCAAGAUUAGCAGACGAAUCUUGUCCAAAAGAGAAUUUUAUGUUCAACUCAAACAGGUGAAGUGAUUUGCCGGGGGGGGGGUGUGGGGGGUACGGAGAGGGGGUGAAGAAAUACACCAAACAGUAAAAGCAACUUUGCGAGCAUUUCACAUUGAACCGGAUAUUUGGGAAGAGUUCUCCACGGUUCGAGAAGAUAAAGAUCUCGUGGCGACCCUCCUUAUACACACGGGUUAAAUGCAACAGGUGGCUAACAGAACGUAUACCUAAAAAAAGAUCUUUGAGUUCACUCACUACCUGUAGAUGACCCAUCCAUCCCUUGACUUCUCUACAAUAACAUUUCAUAUGCCAUCUGCGCACCCACAGCCAGUUUCAGCCUCAGCAGCAAGCCCCGACGACAAGCACCAUUAACAAACUGUUGUUUAAAUGGUCAUUAUCGAUUUUUGACGGACGAACAACAUUUUUCAGUUUCUAUGUGUUUCGUGCGAAUGUAACGGGAAACGUAAAAAUCUUUAAAAUGUUAUUGUGUUCAAAAGUGUAACUAUGAAUGUGAUUUUUUUUUUAAAGAUUAUUUAUUUUUCUAUUCGCUGUAUAGUUAUAUUUUUUACAAUUUAUUCAUAAAUGUUCGUAUUGUUUGAAAGUUCUAGAUAAUCUCCAGCAUCAGGGUAGCAAAGCUGAAAAACCGUGUGGCUAAACUUUUAUAUUCAAAAGAUCCUCCACUGUGAGACUUUUUAAAAGCUCUUGCCUAAAUGUUUAGGUAAAAUCAUCAUUGUACAUUUGUGUUGCCUAAAAUAGUUUUAACAUUGGACAAUAUUCAAAUUUCGUUUUUUUUUUUUUUAAAUUAAAUUCUUUUUGAAAGGUAUGAUUAUCUUUAACUUUUUAAUGUAUUUUAUUGGUUAAGUUUUUCUUUUGGUUAUGAUGUAGUCCCAUUUUAAAAUUGGACAAUAUUCAAAUUUCGUUUUUUUUUUUUUUAAAUUAAAUUCUUUUUGAAAGGUAUGAUUAUCUUUAACUUUUUAAUGUAUUUUAUUGGUUAAGUUUUUCUUUUGGUUAUGAUGUAGUCCCAACUCCGUUGGAUGGGCCAUGUAGCCCGUCUGGAAGACAACCGGGUCCCUAAACAGAUAGUCUUCGGAGAACUCCCGCUAGGCAAGCGCCACCAAGGAGGUUUUAAAAGAAAAAAAAGUUGCAAGGACUCACUGAAAGCGGCACUUAAGGUCUUCAAUCAUCUUGAAUUGUGCAGACAGCCCAAGACAAAGCCAUGUGGAGAUCUGCUGUCAAGAAGGGGGCUCAAUCUCAUGAAGCCGCAGUAGGUUAGCCACAGCUGAGUGAAGCAGGCUAACCCGAAAGAGCAACAUUGGAUCACCGACUACAGCAACUAUCCUCUGCCCGAUGUGUCAGAGAUCAUUCCUAGCACGGUUGGACUCGAAAACUCACCAUAGCACGCUCCCCCAAAGGGAGUGGCUACAUGGUCCCAUUCGAUGUUGACGGACGAACAACACCGUCUGGUUAUAUCUUUUUGUAAAUGUAAUCAGAUGUAUUAUUUGGUUCGUUGCAUAAACAAUACACAACACAAGACUAAAAUAGGUGUACAUAGAAAGUCAAAACCAAAGCUAGUGAUAUUAACAAUAUUUAAUUUUGUUCAACUAUUAAGUUUAUAUAAAAAUACAAAAUCAAAUAUUCCUAAAAAAAGAAAUCUUAAAAUACAGAAACAUUAAAUAAAAAUAAUAUUACAAGAAUGUUAAUCUACAUACAGGAAAAAAUCCAGAAAGAAUAUUAAGUCUCGAAUAAACUUAGUGUCUUUGAAUCCAGCAAAUCUCAAUCGGCUGGCUUAGCUUCCAGCUUAUAUAUAAAGAGGGAGGUGAAACGUUCAAAAAAGAAAUUCUAAAACUUGCAUUAAACGAGCGUAUUCUCCCAAUUCCACAUUUAGAAUAUACUCGAACGUAAACAACCUUUUCCCAGUUUAGAGAGAGUGGGUACUGGGAGAGUGCUAAACAUUUAAUAGUUUAUUUUCAUAUCACAACCAUGGAGAGGAAGAUAAGUGAUGUGCGCUUUUACCUUUACUUUGAAACAAAAUUAGGUCAAAACACAGGCUAUAGAUGUACAUGCAAUACUACAAAGCACGAAAUAAAAAAUGUUAAAAGAAUUUUUAAAGAAGGUUUUCAAGCGUAUAUGUCUAUAUCUUGAUCCAUAACUAGAUCCGUUACAGUAAUUUACUUAUGGUUUCACUGUCAUGGAAGAAGUGUGUACCAAGCCAUUCAUCAGUCAUAAUAACAUUGCGCACCGGGAAAUUAUCUGCCAUACAAACAUUGUGUACGAAACAAUCUAGCUAUAUCACAAACAAUGUGUACAGUACAACUAAUCUGUAAUAUAAUCUAUUGCUUCCUUACAUCCCCACAAGACAACUACGUUCUUCCAUUGACAGUAGAACCCUCUCAAUCCCAAGAACCAAAACUAAGACCAUUGGUGAACGCUCCUUCUACUUCCGUGGGCCCACGUUCUGGAACCAGCUCCCCUUCCAUAUCCGUCAUUGUGAAACCUCGUCCACUUUUUAAAAAUCCCUUAAAACCCAUCUGUUUAGGUCCGCCUAUGACCCGUGAUGCACCCUCUCUGCCCUGCCUCAUUUUCUGUCUCGGGUUAAUCCUGUAAUAUAGGCCAAAACGUGCCAUUUUAAUUGUUUCUAUAGUAUAGUAGUUACUAUCCUAAUGUCUCAUUUUUUUAUUUUAGUUAGUUUACAUGUUUUUAAUAAUUGUAAAGCGCUUGGAGCUUUAAGGUAAGCGCUAUAUAAAAAAGCCUAAACAAAUAAAUAAAUAAACAAUAAAUACUAUUUGUACCAAACAAUUCGUCAAUCAUAGAAUCAAUAUGUACAAAAUAUUGUAUCUAUCAUAGCAUCAAGAAGUCCUAAACAAUUCAUAUGUUAUUGAUCAAAAUGUACCAUACAAAGAAACUGCCAUAGACGCAAUGUGUACCCAAAGUUUCAUCUCUUUUUUGAGCAGCUGAAGGCGCAAAUCUGUACACAUUUAAAACAACCGAGAAAGCCAACAUCUUACAAGACCUUGGUCAGUUUCUUCGAGGUUACUACUGGAUUGGAUUAAAUAAAAUAGAGAACGAAGUAGUCUACAGAUGGGCAGAUGACAACACGAGCUUAGAAAUGUCU